AGGCAGGUGGUCAUAAUGUUAUUUCUGAUUGGUUCAGAGGUGGAUAAUAAAGCAGCUGUGCAGAACCACAGGGUCACAGUAGAUACAACACCAAUAAUAGCUAUAAGAACCCUGCUGAAGUCCACCUCAGUACCCGACAAUUCACUGCUCUACCAACUUCUUGUGUGUAGAAUCACUGAAGAUCUGAGAACCUCAGGACCAACAACUUCUGAGAUGAUGAACUGGAUCGUUCUGCUUGCGACGUUUGCAUCCAUCGACCUCUCUGUGUCUCUUAAAGAACUGGAAUAUUCCACUCCGAGGAGCUGCAAAGAGCUGAAACAAAGAUUUGGUUUCAGUACAGAUGGUCUUUAUUACCUGAGCACGGCGAGCGGUGUGGUGUAUCAGACGUACUGUGACAUGACGACUGCAGGAGGAGGAUGGACUCUGGUGGCCAGCGUUCAUGAGAACAACAUGUACGGGAAAUGCACCACCGGUGAUCGCUGGUCCAGUCAGCAGGGUGGAAGUCCAAAUGUACCUGAGGGAGACGGAUCGUGGAGUAACACCGUCACAUUCGGCACUGCAGAAGCUGCAACCAGCGACGACUUCAAGAAUCCUGGGUAUUAUGACAUCACAGCGGAGGACGUGGCGGUGUGGCACGUUCCCAAUAACGAGAGAGUGGAUCAGUGGAAAGUGAAAUCAUUCCUGCGCUACCACACAGAGACCAAAUUCCUCAAUAGCUACAGUGGAAACCUCUACAAUCUCUUCAAGAUAUUUCCAGUGAAAUUUGGAGUAGGAAGCUGCCCUGCUAACCACGGCCCCUCUGUUCCUGUAGUGUACGAUGUGGGAAACACCAUUUCCAACCAUAACCUUUACGGACCCAACAUCAGAGUGCAAACUCAACCCGGAUUCAUCACAUUCCGAGCCAUGAACACGGAGGGGGCGGCGCUGGCGAUCUGCUCAGGAGUGAAACCUACAGGCUGCAACAAUGAACACUGCUGUAUUGGAGGAGGUGGUUAUUUUCCUGAAGCGUCUCCGAGACAGUGUGGAGAUUUCACAGGAUUUGACUGGGACGGUUACGGCGCUGGAGUUGGAUGGAGCGCCAGUAAGCAGGUGACCGAGGCGGCGGUGCUCAUCUUCUACCGCUGAUGGAGAACAUUCCAGAGAAUGUGUUGGAGCGUAAUCUGUAAUCAUAAAAAUUAUAAUCUUAAAUUUA